CAACGAUCGACAGAAAUGUUGGGCCAACGAUUUGCCAACGAUUUUUGCUACUUGGGAUGUAACUACACGGUGAUCCCAGCAGUGUGUGCCAGAAAUUAUGACACAGCAAUGUCUCCUAGAAGUCUCACAGGGUGGGACCUCUGGGUGAAAACUUUUCAAAAUUCUUUUCCUCGGAGAAUGAAAAUUUGUGCCUCCCAUUUCUCAACGGUUCAGCUUCAGCUCCAUGCCAAGAGGUUGGACAAACAUAAAGUUCACUUCCAGUACCGCAACUCAUCCAGCAUUGUCGAGUCUCCUUUUCCUAAGGUUGACAUCCCUAAAGUUUUGAUCCCAGAUUUGAUUUGGGAAACUGUGGAUCGAUUUCCGGACGCUAAUGCUGUUAAAUGUGGAAUAACUGGAAGAAUCUAUACUUAUGGAAAUGUGCAAAAGUUAAGUCGAAGAUUUAUGAACUCGUUGAAAAAAGCUGGGUUUUCCCAUGGUGAAGUGAUUGCUGUCGUUUUGCCAAAUUGCCCAGAGUUUGCCAUCGUUGCACUGGGAGCCCUGGAGGCAGAUCUAUCAGUGUCUUUCAUAAACCAUGUCUACACUGCAGAUGAAAUCUGCCAUCAGCUGCAGAACUCUGGAAGUGUGUGUGUGGUGAGCGGUGUGGACCAACUGCCCGUAGUCCAAGCAGCAAUUGCUAAACUGGAGGAGUCAACUCGGUCAAAAACUGUUCGGAAAGUAAUCGCUGUUGAUUUCCCAUCCCCGGCUUCUAUACCACAAGGGGUAGUCAGGUUAAGUGAGAUGAUCGCAGACCAUGUUGAUCAUUCCAGACAAGGUUCUUUGCAGAAAGGCGUUCACGAUGUAGCGUUCCUCCCAUACUCCAGUGGGACCACCGGGCUGCCCAAAGGUGUUUGUCUUUCUCACAGCAAUAUUGUCAGCAAUAUUUUUCAAUUCGGUGCAAACGGAGUAGAAAUCAACUCUCCUGACAAAGGACAGGAUACUUUACUUGGGCUGUUACCGUUUUACCAUAUUUAUGGUCUUGUAAUUAUUCUGCUCUGUGGUCUGCAAAGAGGGAGCCAAAUAGUCACAUUGCCAAAAUUUGAGCAAAAAACUUUGCUGAGGGCAUUUGAGAAUGAAAAA